CUCUAAAAGGGAACAUCACCUUGAUUGCAAAAAAAAAUAUCGUAAAGAACUCACUCCGCCCCUGAGAUUCCCGACCCGAGCUUGUAGCGUGCCCCUCCAUGAACCGCGCGUACUUUGACACACCUAAGGAGCGUCUCCCUCCUCUCGACACCACCACCGCGCUCCUCAGGAAGCAGCCUCUCGUCCACACUCACGCCUUCGCUGACGGUGUCGCAAAACCACGUCACACCUGGAACACCACCGCAACCCUUGAUACCUCCCAACCACAGACUGCAAAGUCACUGACACCAGGUCUGGGCACAUCCACGCCCACACCUUCGACAUCUUCGACAUUGGUUACACCCUGGACCCGAUCCAGGUAUCAUACACAUCUUGCGGUGUUCAAAUAUGAUGGGCAAGAUCUUCUGGCAACAGAUAUGUCGCCAAUGACAGCUUCGUAUGUUUCUCCAGCGUGUUACUCCCCUUAUGAGAAAAGAACCAUCGACCGUAACGAUCUUGCCCUCUCUCCUUCUAUAGCCUCCAUCACCGGUAUAGGAGGAGUUUUACAAAGAUCGCGGUCCAAGACUUGUAUCGCUUUUUCUGCUAUAGAAACGGUUCAAUUGUCUUCGCCGGAUUCUAGGAUAUUGGAAGAUAUUGAGCAGAAUGCGAAAGACCCCAUGAUGCCGUUACGGGACUGGCUCGAGAGUAUUAAGCCAACGGUGGUAGUGGACCAGAGUAAACAGGGUCGUCAACAACAACAACAGCAACAGCGGGAGCGGGGAAUGAAAGGAGGGAACUGUGGGUCCCAGGAUGCAAAAGAGCAGGCGGGAUUAUAUAAGAAUGAUAAUGAUGCUCGAAAAGAACCAGUGCCAACACCAGAAUCGGUAAAGCGGUAUUCGCAGCAGAGUCAUGCAUACGGAGAUAGACAUGAGCAUUUGCAGAGAAAAGGCCAGAAAGAGAGGCGAAGGCGACAGCGACGACGGAGGUUCCGCAAGUUGAUUCUUCGAGGCGAGAUGUACUCUGCAGCAACACGUGUCAAAUCUUCAACACGGACGCUACCUUUGCCACCCACGUUCAUCUCCAGGCUUGAAGUCGCGGCCGAUGCGGCAGUGGAGCGCAUAUCGGAUCUAUACUCCCAAUGUCAAGGACUGCUCUCGCUUCAGCAGCAACAGCAACAGCAACAGCAACAGCAACAGCAACAGCAACAGCAACAGCAACAGCAACAGCAAGAUGCUUUUCUGAAAGGAAUGAGAGAAGAGGAAGGUGGGAAGAACUGUCCUAGCAGCGCCAGCGAGUCCAAGGGUAAGGGUAUUGUAGGCGGCGGAGAAGUCGUAGGAGGGAGAGGAGGAGGAAGGAUGAGUGUGGGGAAAGGAGACUUAGUGCUGGGGAAGGAUGGCGAGAUGAUGCCGUGGUUGCAGGAGGCUACCCGAAUGAUCGGGGUGUUAGAAGUGCGGCUCCUAGAACUGGAGGAGGAUUGCAAGUCGCUCCCGCUAUACGAACAAGAUCGUGCCCGAAUGAUCCAAGUCAUCCAACAACUUAACUCCAUUGUCCAGCAGGACCAAGCCUGGAUCCAGAACACCGAGAAUGCGAUCCAAUGGAUAGCUGUCGCACUCGAGGAGGCCCUCCUUUCCUCCUUACAUCCCUCAUCUGGUCUUCCUGAUAGAUCUAGGGGCGAACGCCACAAAAGUGAGACAGUAUUGAAGCAAAGAUCGUAUUCUGAGGGGGUCAUGCCCUCUCUGAUAACAGCUGAAGCUAUAGUAACGGGGGUAUCGGCGACACAGCAAAGCGACUCAGCCGAUGAUACCCAGCUUGAAGGCACGCGACCGCAGAAGAUCGAAAAUGGUGAGCGACGGAGCCUACAGACCCGAUACUCGAACGCCAUCCUGGCGGCACUUCGCCACCUAAAGUCCAUCGAGCAUUUCCCCUCGAUGGUGGACGGGGCCACGACAAGUGUCCAAGGGACUUGCAAGGAAGCGAAUCCGCCGAACCUGACUCUGGAUGAGGGGCUCGAGACUGCGAGUAUGAUCAGUCUUGCAAGUGAUAAGCAUCCGAGCAACAUGAACAACCGAUCGACAGAACUUGAGGAUUUUGAGAUGGACAGACGCUGCGCAGGAGAAAGCAGCGAUGGAGGUAACACUGUGACCGACGAGUCUGCACCCCCUAGAACUGGAGAGAGGCCGGGGUUGACUGAGGACCAGGGGCCGGAAGCCAUACAUACAGGACGAAACCCCACGACGGGUUCAAUUACACGCCAGCACCGGUCCAUUUCUACUCCUAGUGCUCCCCGGAAUCUCUACCAUUCAAUCUCCUCCACCUCACUCCUGGCGACCAUUUCCGGGAGCUCCCAAUCACUACAGACCGACCUAGACGAUUGCCUAGUGGACGAGCGUAUAUACCUGAAACAACAUAUUCAAGCGAUUGAACGGCUACGGAUACAAGAGCAGGCCCGACAUCGCUGGGCGGAAAGCGUGCACACACAGCUGGUUGAGGAUCUGAUCAGGUUCUCGAAAGAGCUUUUGUGGAGUGUGGAUGAAUUGACGUGUACGCAGGCUGCGGUAGUUGAGGCGAGUGAGAGUACGGUGAUGACGUUCCGAAGCCUUGAGGGAGCUUUCAAUGGGGCGAGAGAUACGGAGGAAGAAGAGAAAGUGGAGAGGAAGAGGAUGAUGGAGGCGUCGUGCAAGGCGGUGAAGGAGAGUAUGGCGAUGGUGGAGCAGGGGGUGAAAAGGAUGAGGACACUCGCAGCGGAUUGUGUAGGGAUCCUGGAGUUGACGCAGCGGGAGAGCGCAGCGGUGAAUGGAGCAGAGGUGUUGGAGCAGCAGGGGAGUAGUGUUGAUGUGUCAGACUCGGUUACUGACAACGGAAGCGCGGAGCCUGUGGGGUUAGUCGUGUCUGCCAAAAUGCCUUUGUCACCUCAUUUGCCUGGUCACACCUCGUCCUCAAACACUCUGCCAUCGAUAUCGACCGCAGGUGCAGCAGUAACAGAAGGAGCGGAGGUAGGAACAGCUCUAGCAUCAGAUCAACUGUCAUCAUCGAUAUUCGUGGACGGCAUCGCACUUCAGGAGUUCGAGUCGCACCUUAGAGCACUCCGUUCAACCAGCGCCGCCGAUACAACCUGGCGAAAACUGAGCUUGAGAUUCAUCAAGCAAUCCAUUGCCGAUAGUACGGGCACCUUGCAGAGCACUUCUUCUAUGGGUAUGGACAUGACGACGCCGUUUAUGAAGCGUGUAAUGGCGGAGGAUAUUCACCCGUGCGUGCUGAUCCAUCGGCAGAGUGCGCCAGUGUUGGCCAGGCAAGGAAGAUGGGUGGGUUCGUUCCUUUUGUCGGCAGUAGCAGCGACGACAACGGCGAAGAUAGGAGGGGGAGGAUAUUCGAGCGCGAGAUGCGUAUCCGGUCCGUCAAUAUUAUGGCUGCGGCGGUUGCUGAAGGCCAUGGAAAGAAACGCGUGCGAGAUCGAGGUUUGGAAGACGACCUAUCAUCACCAAUCACAACAGCUGCAACCACAAAGAUCCACGUCGAACGGUUCUGCAAGUACUGUCUCUGCCAAAGAUGAUGCAACGACAACAUCCCAAGGAGCAUGCUGCCUAUGUGGAAUAGUCCGUCCAUGUGAGUUCCGUCUCCGUCUCGUUGAUCAGGACCCUGUCUCCAAACCGAACCGCCGCAAAGCUCGCAGUUCUGUCAGUGUAGUACACGAUUCUUCCACCUCGGACGUGACUUCGUCGUGCUCGAAUUACCAUCCACUCGACCGAUUCUGUCGUGACCGGAUCGUGGCUGUGUGCGAUUUUUUUACGUUUAUGGGACACCUCCGGCAGGGGCUGUUGGAUCACCAAUCGAAUUUGGAGUUGUUUAGGAAGGUGGUAUGGUUGAGACAGCGGAUGGGGUGUGCGAGGAUUGGGUCGAAGGAUAUUGUACUGGCGGCGCAGAGGGUCUAAUUAGUGGAUGCCGUGAGGAAAGGAGGGUCUAAUUCGUAAAAUAAAGGCA